ACCGAAGCCAAGCGAAAAAAGUUCAGGGAAGGAACAGGAACACCAAACUUACCUGACGGACUUUUCUCUAUACAUACAAAUCCACUGAACAGCAGCUUCUGCGUCCAUCGCAGAGCAGCGAUAAAAGAGAAAGGCAUGUUCCAGCCACAGCCAACUCCAUAUUCACCCUUCUCAACCACUCCCUAUGGAAUUGGCAUGGGAGUUGGUGUUGGAGCAGCCUCGCCCGCUUCCGCUUUCCCACGGUUCCAGCCUUCCGACUUGCGACUUACUGGUACUGGUACUGGCACUUGCACUGGCGCUGAUAGUGGAGGCCCAACCGUGUUCCGCAAUCCUAUCUUCAGUCCCGCCGCACCCAACUCCCGCGGGCUAACCUUCGCCAACAACAAUACUCUGUCGCGAUCCUACAAGAUGGAGGGAGCGGGGUUGCACGACCUGGAGGCCCAGGAGGCAAUGGCUAGGGAUUUUCAACCGGCUUUGGAGGGUCCGUUAGUGGGAGAAAAGAAGAGCAGCCACGCCAUAACAGAAGAGUAUGCCAAGGCAGACCCUGUCUACGUUGCGAAAACAGCUGCAACUUCUACUAACGGUUCCUUUCCUCAGGCAUUGCCGCAGAAUUACUCCCAUUAUCGACCUAUACUUGGGGAUGGCAAUUGCGGAUGGCGGGCUGUUGGCUUUUCCUACUUCGAGACUCUACUGCGGUUACAAAACAAGACGCAAUUGGAAAGCGAGGUGGCUCGUAUGACAUCGCUGAACAACUACCUCAGCACAGUUGGAGGAUUCGAGGCAUGGCUGUUUGAGGACAUGGUGGAGGAGACAACCAAUCUGUUGAAAGAUAUGGCAAAUCUGAUACAAACAUCUCCUCAGGGCGCGGCCGACUUGCUGUUUCAACGGUUCAACAAUCCCGAAAUAUCAAAUGCUAUUGUGUACCAUUUCCGAUUGCUCGCGAGUUCAUGGUUGAAAGGCAGUCCUGCUGAUCAAUAUCAAGGCUUCAUACCAGAUAAUCUCGGAGUUGAUGGGUACAGAAAGAAUUGGUUGGAGCCAGUGGAUCAGGAGAUUGACCAUCUCGGCAUGUCGCUUCUCAUCGAUGUCUUACUGAAGCCUAUAGGUUUUGCUGUUGAGAUCGUAUAUCUGGACAGGAGCGAAGGGUCGCAAGUGAACAGUCACAUUAUGCAAGAAGAUUCCAACGGUUUACCAACAAUUCCCGGAGGCCCAAUGAUCCAUCUGCUCUACAGACCUUCUCAUUACGAUAUUCUCUACAAAGAUGCUGCCCCAAUGCAACUACAAGCAGUAAACGAGGUUGUACGAAAUCCAACUGUCAAUCGAGCAGCGAACUUCACGCAUCAACAUUCCAUCCAGAGCACCCCAAUGGGCCAAUUCUCUCAUUUUGAUAUGGAUACUUUUCUUAGUAUACCCGGCAUGAGCAUGCCAGCAUCAUCCCAUCACGGUUUUCACUCACAAUAUCAACCGCCAAUUGAACAGACAUAUGCUCCGUCUCCUAUCUCCUCAAUGUCACCAAUCUCUCCUGGUGCCUCCACAGUUACGACUCCAACGAGUGCUGUUCUACCAGCAUCCUUCCCAACACAAGCACCUGCAGUUUUGACUCUAACAUCGCCCACCCUCACAGGUCCAAAUCAGUCAUUCCCUGCGAAUACUGCAUUGCCCAUACACUCUCAUCUGCCGCCGCCACCCCCGCCGCGCCGACCAACACUCAACACGCAUCCAUCCAUCUCUUCUGAUCUCUCAUCACCCAGCUCAGCAGGUAGUUCAUUCCGACCAAGCAAGUAUGAGUGGGAAGCUGCUGCUGAUUGGGCACAAGAAGGGCCUGUACAGUUCCAGACAAGCACAUUCAAGAAUUCACACUACAAUACAGCGCAUUACAAUAACCCAAAUUUUCAACCGGAAGAAUGGAGUCCAGAGGCUGAAGAGCAGCAGAUGUCAACGAGGAAGAGGUCGACCUGA